AUGACAAGUGAUGAGUCUGAUAUGACGCAAACGAGCCAUGAGGGCAAGAGCUUGAGUAGGGUAACUUCACCUGAGUCAAAGCAGCUGAGUAAACGAGAGCUUUUAUUAGAAGAUGACUUUUUCUCCUUGAGUGGCUCUUUUGAAAAAAGGAAGAAGAAGAAGCAUAAGCAUAAGCAUCAUGAUGGAGCAAUAGCGGCAACGGCAAUUGGUAAGGAUGUGGCAACCGCAAAUGGCAAGGAUGCGUCACCGGCAAUUGGCAAGGAUGUGGCAACGGCAAUUGGCAAGGAUGCGGCAACGGCAAUUGGCAAGGAUGUGUCACCGGUUACUACCUCGCAAGAGGAUUUCAAAAGUGCCAUGUCGAGCUUUAACGAUGCACCUUUGCAAACACUGACUUUAGACGAGCCACCAACCAGCCAAGGACCAAUUUUGGAGGAGUCAUCAGAUACAGGUCCAGCAUUGAAGGAGCUGUCACAAGUGCUACUUAUCGAUAAGCAAAAGAUCCUCAAAGAAAUAGCGCUCAAAAUAAAAGCAGCUGAAGAAAACAAUCAUCUCGGCCAUCCAGCAUUGGAUGACUCGGACGAAGACGAUUACAAGCCCAAGGAGCAAAACAUACAAAUACAAAACAAGCCUUUUAGUACAAAUUCUUACACGUUUGAUAUUGCCAAUGAAAAGAAAAGAAAAUACAUAAUACGGGUAUCGUCGAAACUUCCUGUACUUAAUAAUUCUCCUGUUCAAGUCGAUCUAGGCUGUAAAGGAACAAAAUCUUUUGGUAAGAUCCUAAAUGCAGCUUUGGAUUUUUUCAAAAAGACGUAUGCAAACCAACUAUCUCCGGUUUUGCUCGAUAGGUAUGAUGCUACGAAGAGCGCGUUGGUAUGGGUCGAAGGAAGAACUGUGAUACAUCUGUUCUUUACGCCAAGAACAUUACGAAUACCGCUACCGGGAGGCAUGUUCAACCCCUUAUUGGAUAAGGUCGAAAACAUAACACCAACCUUGUUGCACGUUUUUCUAAUACCUAAAGACAAUGCCAGCAAUUUUCUAAAUGUUUACCCAGAGUUCAUGACCCACAGUGUGGAACCUGUAGCUAAUGAGCUCACUGAAACACAAGUUGAAGAGGCUGAGGCUGAUGCCGAAAAUAUAAGUAGUGAGGAUGAAGAUAUUUCUGAAAUGGCCAUACCACUUCCCGAAACAAUCUCAAUCGACGAUAAUGAUAAUGUGUUUGCAGUGGGUCUAAAGGGGAAGGACAAUAAACGAAUAAUGUGUAAUGUUACACCAGAGACAAAAUUGAAAAACUUGCUUUUGUUUUAUUUGAAAACUAAAGGUAUCGACGCAGCAAGUAUAGACAUGUCGCAUGCUAAGUUGAUUUUUGACGAUGAGGAAAUGAAUUUGGAUGAUACAGUUGGAAACACAGAACUAGAGGAGGAUUUUGAGAUACAAAUAGUACUAUAA